UUCAUUUAUAUGUGGGGAAAUACUGUUGAUGGUGCGAAGGUUGAAGAGACGCUUGGAGAAGGUUCCUGGGUGCCUGUGUUAAACAAAUUUGUUGAGAGGCUGGGCGCACUGGGCCUCGACCCAUUUCAGAUGCUUGUUGUAGACUUUAUGCACGAAUGCAAGCUCGGCACUUGGAAGGCACUAUUUACUCAUCUCGUCAGGAUUCUUUAUGCACUUCCCGGGGGGAAUCAGCUGGUUUCAACUCUAGACUUGAGAUUUUGUCAGGUUCCGACUUUUGGUAAUGGGGUGAUCCGAACAUUUGCGAACAACACGUCCGAGAUGAAGAGACUUGCGGCACGAGACUUUGAAGACAUCUUGCAGGUUUUUCUCACUUUACUUACUAUUCUCUGCCUAGCUAAUGGUGGCCUGGCUAGUGUGCAAUACCUGUGUUCGAGGGGUUAUUUCCACCUUGCCACGAUGUGA